GACGAACACUCCGACACGACAUGAACGACAGUGCGGUCGCGCGAUAGGAACUUUGCUCAUUUACUAGUAGUAUGUUUCGAUUGCUCGGCUGCGAUCGGUGAAUUUUGUUGAGUCUUUCUCGGGAGUGAAUUGUUCUCGGCGAAUGCACCAUCGUUGAGAUUUGUGUGAGAAGCGCAGCGCGUCUCUUAUGAGCGUCGUAGUGCGUCGUAGUGAAAACGACACGCGACGCGAAUCAUGGCAAAAGAUGAGGCGGAUGACGUGCUGCCAGACAAGGAUGCGGCGAAGGGAUUCUACGCCAAGUACGAGCCUAAGGAGAUCCUGGGCAGGUUAGCGAAAGCAAGAAGGGAUGUUCCAGUGCAGUCUAGUGCAGGAAUAGAAAACAAGCCUCAGGGGAAUAUCUUCCACUGUGAGGAGAUGCAUAGAGAAAGAGACGGGAAGAGAGUACGCGGCUAAAAUUAUAGACAUCAGCAAUGAAACGAACGAGGAUGGGCAUACUAUGAAAGAUGCUACACUGCAAGAAGUACAGAUACUUCGUAGAGUAGCUGGACAUCCGUAUAUCAUUGAGUUGCAUGAUGUUUUUGAAUCUAGUACAUUUAUAUUCUUAAUUUUUGAAUUAUGCAAGAAUGGAGAGUUGUUUGAUUAUCUUACAUCGGUUGUGACACUUUCUGAAAAGAAGACGCGUUAUAUUAUGAGACAAGUAUUUGAGGGAGUCCAGCACAUACACAAUCAAGGAAUAGUGCACAGAGAUUUAAAACCCGAGAAUAUAUUACUUGACGAUAAUUUAAAUGUAAAGAUAACGGACUUUGGAUUUGCCAGAAUAUUGAAGCCUACAGAAAAAUUGGAAGAUCUUUGUGGUACACCUGGCUAUCUAGCACCAGAAGUAUUAAAGUGUAGUAUGUUUGAAAAUAUGGAAGGUUACGGAUUUGAAGUUGACAUAUGGGCUUGUGGCGUGAUUAUGUUUACGCUAUUAGUUGGCUGUCCUCCAUUUUGGCAUCGAAAGCAAAUGGUUAUGCUUAGAAACAUAAUGGAAGGAAAUUAUUCAUUCACCUCUCCCGAAUGGACUGAUAUAACAGAGGCUCCGAAAGAUUUGAUAAGAAAGUUGCUGGUUGUUGAACCUAGAAGAAGAAUUUCUAUAAAGGACGCACUGGAACAUUCGUUCUUCCAUACAGUUCUGUGGGAUCAAGACAUCGCUCCUCUAAAACGUUCUCUGUCAUCUAAUUCGCGACGUCUGAGUAGAAUAUCUCAAUUAGCUUUGGAACUGAAAGCGAAAUCGUUCAAUGCGAGGAAGAGAUUCCAGUUGGCAAUUAUUUGCGUGAGAGCUGUUAUUCGUAUUAAACGACUUCACAUCACACCUGAACCGCUUUCGACCCAAGUAGCUUGUACGGACCCAUAUAGAAUAAAAAUUCUGCGAAAGGUGAUCGAUGGUUGUGCGUUUCGUGUUUAUGGGCAUUGGGUGAAGAAAGGAGAGGGCCAGAAUCGAGCGGCACUUUUCGAAAAUACUCCAAAAACGGAAUUGAAGAACCUAUAUGUUAGUAAUUUAAAUAGAUAACUAUUACUUUGCUAAACCAUUUUAGUUAAAUUUACUGGCAUCAGAAUCUCGAUGAGCCUAAUGAAACAUAUAUCAGACAGAUGUAAUUCUAAAAUAUUCGAAAACAGAAUUUUUUUUUAGAUUGAACUAUAGUGGAUAUUAGUCUGAUCAGAUUUUUACUUAAACUUAUAUAUAAGGUUUUCUCUCUGUAAUACCUUUCAUAUAAUUUAUUAGUAUAUUGAUUGAAAUUAGAAUAGGAAAAAAAUUUUGAAGUAUACAGAAUUUUCUGAUAUUUUUAAAUAUAUUACAAGUUUUACAAUAUAUUGUUACAAUAUAUAUUGUUAUCACAUAUGACAACGAAGUAAAGUAAAUUAUUUUAUUAAAGAUUAUUUAAAUCUUUGUUCUCUAUUCAAAAUGAAACAUGAUAUAUUUAAUUAUAUAAAAGAUAUAAUUCUAUAGCUAUGAUACUUUGUGACAUACUUAUUACGUAAUGCAGAAUGUAUACGUAAUGUUAACAUGAUUUAUUUUGCAGAAUGUAAAAAUAUUCCAGGUUACAACUACGUGUAAAAAUACGUUUUCAGAAAUUAAGGCUCCUGAGUACUCGUCGCGGCCAUAUUGAAGUCGUGAUGUCAGAAGCGAAAAAUAGCGUAUAAUGACACGUAAUUUUGUCCGACCAUUUCCAUUUGUAAAUAAAGCCAAUUUGGAUAAAACACUAA